UAGCUGGGGGGGUAUUAAUCGGCGCGCGCCGCUUGUCCCUGUCAUUUGCUAGUCGAGACUCGGUCGUGUUGCAACGAACUCGCCAUGGCCUCCGUCAAAACUGAAAAAGUCGGCAUCGUUGGCAGUGGCCUCAUCGGUCGUUCCUGGGCGAUGCUGUUCGCGUCCGUGGGCUACCAGGUGACGAUCUUCGACAUCAUCCCGCAGCAGGUCACCGAUGCCCUAGCCGAUAUUAAGAUCCAGUUGAAGACCUUAGAGAGAGACGGUCUCCUCCGCGGCAAAUUGGAUGCUGAUGCACAGUUCAAGUGUAUUAAAGGAACUUCGGAUUUGGCGUCUCUAGCCAAAGGGGCUAUCUUCAUCCAGGAAUGUGUUCCCGAAAGUCUCGAAUUGAAGAAGAAGGUUUUCGCAGAUCUGGACAAAGUUGUCGAUGACAAGACUAUCCUGUCCAGUUCUACCAGCACUACUUUACCAUCCAAGUUCUCUGAGAACUUGAAACAUAAGGCACAGGUUAUCGUGUCUCACCCAGUGAACCCACCGUACUACGUUCCCCUUGUGGAGAUCGUCCCCGCACCGUGGACUAAAAAAGAAGUCUGCGAGAAGACAAAGGCUAUCAUGCUUGAGAUUGGUCAAGAACCAGUUGUUCUAACUCGCGAGAUUGAUGGAUUCGUGCUCAACCGUAUUCAGUACGCUAUUUUGGAUGAGGUGUGGAGAUUGGUCGACGCUAAGAUCGUCAACGUAGAAGACAUCGAUAAAGUAAUCUCUGAAGGCCUUGGAAUGAGAUACGCUUUCCUCGGAUCUCUGGAAACUGCACAUUUGAACGCGGAGGGCAUGAAGUCUUACAUUGAAAGAUACGGAGACACAAUCCAUAGCGUCAGCCAGACAAUGGGAGAGAUUCCACGAAUGACCACCAGCCCAAGUGCCGCCACGAUUUGUGAACAGCUGAACCGCAUGGUACCUUUGGACAAACUGCAGGAGAGGCGCGCAUGGCGUGAUGCCUGCCUCACACGCCUGGCUGUUCUCAAGAACGAGAUGAACACACUCAAACAUAAAUAUAACUAAAGUAUCUGAUUUUAAAGCCUAAAAUAUUUAAACAAAAUGUACAUAAGGUCAAUUAAAUUUUGACCACAAGAAUGUGUGAUCGGUUAUGUUUAUUACGUAGGGACACCUACUAAAAUACAUAUUUUGUUAAUCUUUUACAGUUUGUAACUUGUAUUGUAAAAGAGUUUAUAUUUUACAUAUGAAUAUAUUACAUGUUAUCUAAA